AUGGCGACACUGCGUAUUCUUUUAUGUUUGGAUGCUAUUCAACGAUGGUACCUUCACCAAUUGGGCAUUAACACCGCUUUCCUUCACAGUGAGCUUGAUGAGGAUGUUUACAUCCGCAAGGGCAUUGCUGUUAAUAAGAGGAAAUAUGUCUUAGAUCUUCUCAAAGAUUAUGAGAUGAAUAAUGCUAAGCUGAUUACCACUCCCAUGGACUAUUCGAUCAAGCUUGGAAAUGAUUCUGGUCUAACUUAUGAGGAUGUCUCAACUUAUCGUAGACUCAUUGGUAGAUUGGUCUAUCUAAAUAGUACUAGACCGUACAUUUUCUUUGCCAUUGGAAACUCAGUCAAUACUUAG